AUGAAGCUACGCCCUGAGCUCGAUAAGAACAAGAGGGCCCUGCUCAAGCAACACAGCGAAGGUGACGCGACCGCAUCAACUCGGCCAACUGCGACCGCGUCAAUGACAACCCAACCCACGAAACACCAGCUGGCUCUAGAACAUUCGGCCGAGGGUCAGCAAACGACGUGGGCUGAGAACACCGGCACCUCCAUGAAACGACCACGGCUUGACCUGGUCGACCAUGUAGCUGCAAGCGAUCUACAGGAUUCAUCUCCCUCGAGCGUGUCCUCCUCGCGCCAGCAUCUGUCGAAAUUGCAUCCACCAAGCCAAGUCGAUGAGUUAGGAAAUGCCAGCAUUUACACAAGCCUUGGAGAGAACGGAUCGAUGAUAGCACCGCUACAAAUCUCUUAUACUUUGAAGCUUCCGCCGUUCUACCAGCCGUGGGCCCCAAGCCCCGUGGCAGGUCAGACCGGAGGCCACUUCAGUUCCUAUGCCACACCCAUUCCCAACAGCGAUGAUGCCGGUGAUGAUGAGGAGCUUGAUCUCGAUCUGCUCAGGGAGUUUACCCAUCUAGAUUCGCCAUCGGAGCAUGGUGCGGCUGUAUUUGGGAGCAGUCCAACCUUCCCGUCAGAAUCAUUGUCUUCAUGUCAAACCUCGCAGCAGAUUGCAUCUGUCGCGAAUCCGGACAGUCAGCGUGAUCAUCUACAGCCGGAAACACCAAAGAGUAUUUCCUGCAGCUCAUCCCAAGAACAGACAACGCGUUCGGUUCCCAACACCAACGUUGUCACGCAGGUCCCUCCUCUAGCGGACACUGUCGAGAAGCAGACACGCCAUUUAUCAUCCCCCACAGGCAACACCAGUUUUUCGCUGCCAUUGUCGAAGCCUGCACAGGCUAAAGACCUCGAUAGCUUUCCUUGGUUCGAGCGACAUCUUAUCUCAGCUUAUGCGAGGAACCAGAAAGACGAGGAAGAUGUCGACUUGGACUUCAUGCGAUGGUACAACGAAAUUCGGCGGCCCUUUUGGGCUCAGAUCAUAAGUUCAUUCGGAAAAGACGUCCCCGGCUCCCUCUACGACCGAGUUCUCGACGAGCUUUGCGUUAGCCACCCAUGCCGCUAUGACCCAUGGACAGGUCAUUCGCUCUACAGGUUCUUACUGGGCAAGGACGGCAUGAGAUGUCUGAUGACAUUGAAAGAUUGGAUGUACGGUACAGGGACCACGACUCUUCCGACAUGGCGAGACACUCUGAGCACAAAGAUUAGAAGCUCCUCCUACGCAAAGGUGCCCUGGGUGCAGAGGGAGAAGAUCAUCGCCCUGUCCGUGAUCCUCGCCGGUGCAGACGCAGCGUCGACAGAGAUCCAAAAGGAAGCCUCAGCCACUCGGAUGAAAAACAACAUUCAGUCGAAGUUUGAAAUCCUGGAGGAGUGCCAACUCACUUACUUGCUUUCCAACCAAGAUCACGUCGUAGCAAGCAAAUACUGGGACGGCUUGGCCGAAGAGCUCGAGGAAGACCCAGAGCAGGAACACCUCUACGACAAAGUCAUGCAGGUGAAGCAAUCUACACCAUCUGAAAGCAGCAUAUCCCCGUCGAGCUCUCCGAUCCACUGCCAAGAGGCUCAGGAACAGGGAGAUCAGAGCCACGGUGGCAGCCCCAGACCAUCCCGGCAGGGAUGCCACGACGGGCAAGCUGGGCCUGGUGGGAUUGGUGACUACCAAAUAUUGGCAGAUGUGGAAGAAAGCAUCCCCCAGUAUUCGGGCAAUCAUGAGCCAUCUAGCGUGGCCCAGCAAUAUUCUCCCCCUGCAGAAAACACCAACCAAGACACAGAGCACGCCCUGAGCACGAUCACUCAAGAGACAUCGCUCCAGGACAGGAUGCGAGAACUUGAGGGUGAGGUCACAGAAUUGCGCAGAUACAUUGAAUCGAUAUAUCAGCAGCUCCCUUGGGUCUUGCAACCACCACCACAGGCGUCAUCCAGGCGUUAG